AACUACCCUGAGAGACGAUGCUUACUUCGUAGCAAGGAUAACACCCCACGUAAGAACACACAACGUUAUAUUUAUGUUAUUGGUGGUUACGACAGAGUUGAGGAACGCUUUCUUAACACAGUGGAUUGUUUCGAUACAAUUGCUGAGACGUGGCUGAAUGUUGCUCCCAUGACUACUGCUCGUAUACGACAUGGUGUAACAGUUCUUGAUGGGAUGAUAUAUGCGGUAGGUGGGCAAUGUGAUGACGAUGUCUCUGUGAGGACGGUCGAGAGAUAUGACCCUGUCGCUAACAAAUGGUAUGAUGUCACACCUAUGAAUGAGUGUAAAGGUAGGUCAAUUGAACUGGAAUCAACUUUUUAACAACAAAGGCUUGUCAACUUACAUGUAUUGGCACGUCAUUGUUCUGUUUUACACUAUGUGUGAGCAAACUUUUGGGCAAAGAAGCUCAUCUGAGAAUUUGUCUGCGAAUAAAUGCAGUAAACAGGUGGAAGAAAAAACUUUUAUGUGCAGUGAAUCUUGACAGAUUAUUCAUCUAAACAUGACAUUAGACAAACGAUAAAUGAAAAUAUAUCAUGAUUUGUUCCCAGAACCAUUUCCAGCAUAGAUUGUAAUAUUCUAGAUAGUUUGUCUGAAUAGUUUGUUUGGCAAAAUUAAGCAGCAUCAACUUAGCCAUGUAGCUCAGACGUUAGUGCAUAAUGUUUUGGAAGUGCAAAGGUUGCUGGUUCAAUUCCCAGCUGUGGCCGCACAUACUCAUAAGCAGAUCAAAACACCAGUGCAUUUACUUGUAUAUAUGCUGUUGAAGACCGUUGAAACCAGAGUGAACUGAGAUAAAAUUUGGCUGGCUUUUGCUGAUAACUGAAGAAUGUCGGCUUAGCAAAAUGGGAUUUAAUAUAUUGGCAAUUUGAUAUUGACACUUGGCAGAUAUUGCCCGGAGAGCAAAGCGGUUAUUUUCUUUGCUUAUCGUUUCCGUUUAGGUUACAUAGUUUUCGAUAUGGAUGUUGCCUCUUAUUAAUCCUAAUUUAUUUCAGGUCAGUUGGCAGUUGCAGUAUGUGAUGGUAAGAUCUACUGUAUUGGUGGUACAGAUGACUUACUCAAGGUCAGCCUUUGUAGUGUUGAAUGUUAUGACCCCGUCACUAACAUGUGGACAUCUCUUACCCCCAUGCCUACAGCCAGAGGUGCCCUUGGUGCAGCCACUUUGAAUGGUAAGAUAUACGCAGUGGGAGGUGGGGACUUUCAUGUUGCCUUGGAUACUGUUGAAGUGUACGACCCUAAACUUGACUGCUGGUCAACAAUGCCCUCCAUGAACUAUGCGCGUGGGUGUCUCGGAUUAACCUGUGUGAACAACACCCUGUAUGUGUUUGGUGGGGCACAUAUGCAUAACGGCAUGAUGACGUACCUGGAGGAGAGCAUUGAAUGUUUUGAUCCAAAGUUGAACCGAUGGUUAGUAAUCUCGGGUACAGAGGUUUCUUGUUGGGGCGUGGGGAUAUGUAGUGUCGCUUCGGUGGACGAUGCGGACCAUUCCGAGGAUCAGAGUGAACUCUUCAUAGUUGGAGGAAUUUAUGAGUUCACUGAAGGAGACAAGAUGUUGCGAGUCACUGUUACCGAGAGACAGAUUUUCUGUAAACCGUUUCACCAUGCAAAGGAUUUGAGUUGCCGAGUGCAUACAGGGGCAGUUGCCUUGCAUUUAGCCCCUGGCUCAUGA